CUCUUGAGGCCAGCGGCUCAAGUUUUAACAUCGAUAAAAAUAUCGAUAAAUCAUGAAAUUGCAACUCAUUUUUGUGACAUUAGUGCUAUCCUCCACUAGUGCGUAUUUUAAAACGAAACCAAGCUUCAUAAAGACUUGCCUCAAGAGUGACCCUGACUUCGACGACUGUUCGCGAGAUGCUGUUCAACAUCUAUUCAAUGCAUUGGGCCCAGGUUUACCAGAAAUAAACCUGGCACCUUUAGACCCGCUGAAAAUUCCAAAGAUUCGAAUCUUACAAGGGGAAGGGCCGGUCAACGUGAACGCAGCGUUGGAUGACGUCACAGUGACCGGUUUCGGCAAGACAGAAGUGUUGUUAAGCCAGGUGGACAGUAAAUCCUAUGACUUCUAUACAAGAGUAAGAGUCCCUAAAAUCAGGAUAGAAGGAACUUACGACUUGAAAGGCAAGAUAUUGCUGAUACCUUUGGUUGGUAGAGGGCAGUGUUGGUUUGAACCAACUAAUAUGACCAUAGACAUUAUAAGCGACGUUAAGCUGUAUGAAAAAGACGAUUUUAUAUUCUUUAAUGUAACCGGGGCUCAUGUCAAAUAUUCCAUCGGAGGGUUGACGCUACGAAUGAAUAAUUUGUUUGACGGAAUUAACGCUUUAGAGGACAGCACUAAUGCGUAUUUGAAUGCAAAUUGGCGGCCAGUUUCUGAAUCCUUGCGACCAAUUUUGUCAAAAACCAUUGAAGACAUCCUUCUUGGCUUCAUGCAGCAUCUGUUCAACCAUUUGCCAGGAAACUUCAUGAUUGGCGACAUAAAAUAUCAUCCGAACAAAAAGAACGAGAAGAAAACAUAAAAUAAGCACUUAGUAAUAUAAUUUAACAUAAAUUAUGAUUUUUUACUUUUUUCGUAAGAAAUUCUACAACAUAAUAUUAUUUUUAUGUAAGUUUGGAGAAUAUUUAUGUAGUGCUUUAUU